AGUUUCAGUAAAUCAGGCUUUAUAAUAACUUGGAUACUACGCUGGGACGGACAGCUACAUAAGAUGAUGGCUUUUAAAGUUACGAUUUUCCUUUUGUGCGCAAUUGUCGUCAGUGAAUCUGCAUUCAUUGACACGCUGACUAAAUGUUCAAUCAAUGACGGAGAAUGUUUGAGGGAACUAUAUCAAAGGGUGCUGCAAGAUAUCGCCAAGAACGGCAUCCAGGAGUUGUCCAUACCACCCAUUGACCCUAUCGAGCUGAAAAAUGUAACCGUAAAUGUACUUAACCAGCUAGAGGUGACGAUGGUCGAUGGUAUUGCUACCGGUGUGAAGAAUUGCAUAUUCAAUGACUUUAAGACUGACCUCGAGAAGGAGCAUGCGUGGAUGGAUCUUACUUGUGAUAUUACCAUAAAAGGACGCUACAAGCUGGUUUCGGACAGCCCUCUCCUCAAGUCCAUUUUUGGAAAACAGUCAAUCCAUGGCGAUGGUUUCGCUAAGGUCAAGCUAGAGCAACUAAACCUCCGAAUUGACUACGAUUUCUUCAUUGAGAGAGGUGCGGAUGGUGAGCUGUACUUUAAGUGCAAGCAUAAUGAGACGCAGUACACGUACAAUAUAGCGGGUCGAUCUCUUUUCUACAUCGACCAUUUGUACCUGGGCAAUGAAGAUUUGAGCAAAUACGUCACCUCCUUCCUCAACGAGAAUGGAAAGUUGCUACUCCAGAACUUCGGGCGCUCCUUCAUGGAUAAGGCAAUGGAAUUCUUCUACAUCUUCACCCAUAGGUUCUACGACGUCGUACCUAUCAAGUACUACAUCACUGAGGAUCUGACCCCUUACGAGAGAUCAUAGACGAGGCAAAG